CUGUCUUCCACUUCAGACCGGCUCGAACAAAACACGUAUCUAAACAACCACUAGCAUUACGUUGGGAUGAUGCUUUUGAAGAAAAACGUUGUUUUAGGAGGAAUCGUGGUGAUUUUUUUGACUUUUCUGGAGACAGUUGGCGGUCAAGACAAUAAAGGAAGUUUAAUCUCCAGCAAGUCCAGCAAGGAGGAUAAAACAGCAGUGAUUGGGACAAAUAUCACUUUGGAUUGUGACAAAGACUAUACUUUACAAGACAAUGAUAUUUUGGAGUGGAGUAAAGACAGUAAAGAUAUCUUAAUUGUAAAAAAUGGAAAGAUCCAGGAAAACGCUGAUGAAAAAAGAUUUAGCCUCACACCUUCUGCCGGAGGGCUCAGCACAUUGCUCAACAUUUUAGAUUUAAAGGACACAGAUAGUGGAAGUUAUAGCUGCUGUAUCGUAAAUUCUGAACGACGUUGCAUCAACCAGAAUGUUGUCGUGAAGAAUGAAUCAUCUACAAAAAGAGUCUCAGAUGGAAAAAACAGCACUUCAAAGUCACAGAACGGAACUGACAUGAAGUCCGAAGUUGAACAACAUUGGUGGCUUGAUUUUGCUGCUGUUGUUUUUAUUGUCGUCGUCUUUGCUGCUGCUGCUGCUGCUGAUGUUGCUCCUUAUGCUGCUGCUGCCGUUGUUGUUGCUGUCACUGUCAUCGGUUGUUAUUACCUCUUUAAAGAAUAUAAGAAGAAGCGUUUCAAUAAACAGACUGGAGAUGAAACCAAUAUCCCUCUUAAAACGAUUCCAUAAAUUCAUAAACCAUCAUGAAACAUUUGUUCAUGAGAAGGAUGUCAGACUGCUGAAUUUCUCCAGACCUCAGGAUGAGUUGCAUCUGUGGAGACCAGAUUUCAGAGAAGAAGAAGAAAGAAAAAAAAAAAACAGCCAACACUUUUUUCUUGUUCCAGUAUUUGUCAUUUUCACCUGCUGGCCUCAAACAAGAUCCCGGUGAAUUAUGACACCAGAACCUCAGUGUCUCUUUCUGAUGCUUCUGUGAACUGCUUAGACAUUUCACUGUUAUUUAUUUAAUGUUAAAGAUUAGUUUGUAUUAAGGUAUUUUUUAGACUGUUUUUAACAUUAUUUAUUUUUGUAUGUUUAUUUUACAUUCAGAGGAAUUGAGGAAAUUCAGUGGAGCUGAUUAUUUUAAAUGCUAUUUAGAAUAUUUAUUCCAGGAAAACAUAUUUAUAUAUGUAUAUAUGCACACACAUAACCUCUUUGUAAGAAAUGUUAUUAGACUUUUUAACAUUCAUUAGACCUUUUAACAUUCAAUAUUAAAAAGUCUAGUAACAAGGACUGCGUACUGGUAUCUAGUGACAUUACUAGACAUGUAUAUGUGCCACAUGUA